AUGCAUCGUUAUAUGUCCGCGCUGCAUAUCACAUUCUUUGAUGCGGCAUUGAAGGAGACGGCGUAUGCGUUUUCGCGCAAGAUUCUUGUGGAUACUUCGCUUAAGAUUUGGGCUGCGGCGUCGUCGGCUUCGCCUAUGAUGGGGGCCACGUAUGAUUUGUCCCGGCUUGUGGCGUGUGGCUCGGGGUUUUAUCGUACUCUGCAAGAGGAACAAGGGCUGGGGCCUUUAUCAGUCAGAGCAGACUUAGUUUGUGUCGUGGAAGAUGCGAAGACUUGGUGUCUGAGGUGCAUCGAGUCGGGAGAGACUAAUAUUAAGGGGUACCUACACAUGUGUAUCAUUGGCGGACAGAUCGACGGGCUCAGGAGAGGCCGAGGAGAGGCCUAG